CUUCUCCAACCGGAAGUUGGGAAUAACUGGUAAACAAACGUCUCUUCACACAGCCAAUAUGUCAUCGUUUCGAAACAUCCCCAAUUAACAAUGCCUGGAUCAACUCAAGUAAGGGAGACCAUAGAGCUGCUGUCAACAUUACUGAACGAAAAUGGAGUAUCACUUGUCACCGCAGAAACAUUUCGCUUGGCAAAGUUCAACAAAUAUGAAGCGACCCCCGUAAUGUGGAAGCUGUUGUUUGAGCUGGUAUACUUCAGCAAUUAUGGAGUAGUUGAUGACUCUGCUGUCAAGGCUCAGAGGCAACUUUCAGUUGAGGAGAAGUGUGUCCUUGUCAAACGAGAACUACAAAGCCGUGGUUACAUGUCCCAUGACUUUGCUCACUUGCCAAAUGACGCCUCAAGAGGAAGUCGUGAACUGUUGCUGGCUAUGGCCUGGCUGAUAUGUAAAGAGACACUGAUAGAGAGGUUCAUGGACAAGUGUACAUCUCCCUUGGAUGAAAACAUUUCACAAUGGUGCAAGGAAUGGCCUAAUUCUAUUUGUGACUUGGGUCCUACUCCCCAAGGAGAUUCGGCUGUGCCACCUGGAGAGAGAGUACAGAGGCUGCUAGUGCUGAAUAGUAAACUACGACUCAACCUACGGCGAAUGUACGCAGCUCAGCAGCAUGAAGCUAAGCUUCUAAACAAGAUUGAAAAUACCACAGCAGGGAUAUCACUUCGAAAAAACCGUGAUAAUUUAUCAGCAUUGGAGGUUCAUUUGCUAAGACACCCACAUCUGCUGAAACGAAUGCUGGUGCUACUAGAUAAGGACAAUGAACGUCUCCAGAACCUCAUGAACUGGCGACAACAUGAAGACGUAUUUUGGAAGUGGAUGGACAGUGUCCUUGACCUGAAGGUGAAGGCUGCAGCAGAGGACCGAGACCAGAGUGAGGCUCAGUCUGGCGCUGUGUAUCUCCAGGCCCCAGUUGACGGACCCGUGCAGAUGCAGCUGGCUAGACAGCAACUGGUACAGUCCAUCCUCAGCUAUGAGAGCAGCAUCAAGUACCUGGAACAGCUGUGGGAGACUAAGAGACAGGAAAUCAGCAACCACGAGCUUGACAACUUAAUAGCCUCAAUCAACAUGGACAUAUCAGUCCACAAGGCUAACCUCAUGCUAACUGCUGCACAUGAUGUAGCUGGGACACUCAAACCAGAACCUUCGUUCAGAUUGGCAAGUAGAGCACGCUCCCGGGGUCAGGGCAAAGUGGCAAAUGUGCAGCAUUCCCCCGGUGAAGGUGGGGACAGUUGUUGCACAGAUAUUACCAGAGUGACAGAGGAACUGACACGUCAGAUCCAGGACAUGCGCACUCAACUCACCCAGAUGCACCGGGAGUGUCAGAAGACACUGAUGGGACUAGCCCGGAACAUACCCUCUGCUAUCUGUAUAGAACCAACAGCAGUCCGACAAUCCGACCUGUAUGCGUAGAAUGGGAAUCUGUGAACUUCCAUAUCCUCAACGGUUUUCCAUUCUGGUUUGAUAAAUACCCUGGACCCAUUCUCCACCAUAGCUUUCUAUCGGAAGUGACAUCACCAUCUCCAUUAGGGCUGUAACAAUGCACCGAUACCUAAAUAUCAUCGAUACUUAGGUACACACAAUACUUGAAUCAUCAGUUUGUGAGAUCGCGAAACGCUGUAAGUAGAACAGGAACUAAUAGAGUUACCUCCCAUAAUGGCAGAAAUAGCAAAGCGCCACCUGUAAGCAUGGCAGAACACAACGACGUGUUAGCUGAGUAUGCUCCGACUAACUGUCAUAUUUAAUAACAAUCCCUUCAUUUAAAACUGUUUUGAUCUUGUGGUUUUCUUUGUUAAUGAUUUUGAGAUAUCAAUACAUAAAUGUAUGAAGAAGGGGGUUUUAGAGAUGUAUUUCAGUAAUUUCAUCAUUUCUUACUAUUUGAUUUGGUGUAUCCUAAUACCAGUAGUAUCGUCAGUCCGUAUCAUGAUACGAAUCUAGCGCAAGAUACCAGGCAAUACUCAGCUCUAAUCUCCACAUAUUAUCACCAAUUCAGAACAGAAUUUCUCACAUUGGUGAGCUUGAAAUCAGUGACCAAUCAAUAUGACUCCCUAAAAAGAGUUUGGCAUUAAUCUAAUUUCAAGCCCUUUGUAUGCUCUAAUCAAAUCCAUAGACUGUUACUAAUGUUCUUUUAGCUGUAUUACAUUAUUUUGAAUGGAGAAGGAAGUACUUGCCUUAUCAGGCAUCUGACAGUUGUAUUUGAGAUGGUAUGCCACACACCUAGUUAAGUACUGGUGAUUUUACCACUUGUUUCAAUCAUGAAAUAACAGUGUAUUUUACCAACAGCUAUUUUUAACGAAAUGUCCUUCAAGCUGGACUCUAUGAUUUGAAGCUAUGUUGUCCAGGGUAUUUAUCUUGAUAGACAUGAUAGAGUGGAGGUGUAUUACACUGGAGUAUCAAGGAAGGAACUUCCAGUGCCAUUUACCUUUCCAUCACUUAGUAUAACAGCUCCUCAUGACUUAGAAAAUUCUUCCUGAUGACGUUUUCGGAGGGGGUAGGGGUUGGGGGUUGAUGUAUAGACAAGAUUUUUACUAGUACAUCUGUAUGUCUGGAUUCAGGAAUACAGAGGGGAAUGCACAACAUGCUUAAAGCAGGAGAUUUGUUUUUCAGUGUUAGCUUCUGAUUAAUUCUCCCUGAGGAAUAUACAGAUGAGACUUCUGUUUAAUCGAUUCUUCUGUUCUCCCCUCUGUCCAUUGAACCCCAGGGUAUUUUCACCUUUGGAUCAGUUUAAUAUGGUGAAGAUUAAGGCUAAAAAAGAUCAUAGCCUUGGUUCUCAGGCACCGCCUGCAUCAUCAUGAAGUCUGCCGCACGGUUCGUUUUUAUUUCCUAAUACCCCAAAACAAUGCAAUCCAAUAUAGCACGCAGUUACUUCCCCUUACAUGCGCGCUGCUUUAUUGUGCAUCUGGUGUUAUGGUAGUGGCGGCAAUAACGCUUUCAUAUGAUUGUUUAUGUUGGGAGGCCCUUUCCCAGGUUGAUGGUACAUAACUGUUUAUUUGGUUACAUACUAGUUUGAACAAGCAAAAAAAAAAUAAAAUGCCACCUGCCCGCACUAUAUUUUCAAAA